CAUUUAACAAGCGAGUUCUCGCGAAGAAAGUGGGAUUCGAGGCGGCGGCAAGUUUCCUGAAGAGCUAGGACGUUCUUACGGAAAUCAGUGAAUAAGUGCUAAAUUUCCCGAGCUUUGGAUGCUUCAUUUUGGGAGAAAUGAGACUACUUAAGAGCAUGUAAUGACUAUUGAAAAUCAUCAUUCAUAUUUUGUUUUGUUGAAAUACUAUGGCUAACUCGUUAGAAAAUGGCGUAAAAGAAGAACCUAAGACACAGUUCUCUGCCCGGGAAGGAACCUACCGGUUGAUGUCUCACUCAGAUUACUCUCGGCCAAACAGAGUUGGCUAUAGCAGUGCUGGGCAUGCAAACACUCCUGUUCGUGUUUCAUUUGCAACGGUGCAAGAGCAGUCUGGCACUAGUGAACGAAUAUGCUUUAAUCAUGGAAGAGAGUUAUAUUUAUAUGUGUAUAGGGGCAUUAAAAAGGCGGCAGAUCUGACAAAGCCAAUUGACAAGCGGGUGUACAAGAGCACGAGUCCUACAUGUCAUGACUUCCGACCAGAUGCUAGUGCUGCUGAAAGCCUCUCACUACUGGUUGGCUUUACUGGGGGGCAGGUGCAGCUCAUUGACCCUCUUCACAAGGACACCAAGAUCUUCAAUGAUGAGCAGCUGAUCGAGAAGACGAAGGUGACGUGCGUGCGUUGGCUGCCCAACACGCCGCACCAGUUCCUCGCCUCGCACGCCAGCGGCCAGCUGUACCUGUACUCGGAGCGGCUGCCGUGCGGCCCGGCCGCACCCACCUACCAGACGUUCAAGCAGGGCGACGGCUUCACUGUGUACACGUGCAAGGCGCGCAGCACGCGCAACCCGCUGUACCGCUGGGCCGUGGGCGAGGGCGCCGUCAACCGGUUCGCGUUCUCGCCGUGCGGCCGCCACCUGGCCACUGUGUCGCAGGACGGGUGCCUGCGCGUUUUCCGCUACGACAGCAUGGAGCUGGCCGGCGUGGCGCGCAGCUACUUCGGCGCGCUGACGUGCGUGGCGUGGUCGCCGGACGGCCGGUACGUGGCGGCCGGCGGCGAGGACGACCUGCUCACCGUCUGGAGCCUGGCUGAGCGGCGCGUGGUGGCGCGCGGCCGCGGCCAUCGCUCCUGGGUGGCCGACGUGGCGUUCGACCCGUACACGACCGUGGUGGACGGCGGCGGCACGGGCGACCUGCCGCCCGCCGCCAACGGCAACGGCAACGGCUACUGCUCGGACCAGGGCAGCGGCGGCUCGGCGUCGCCGCCGCCGCUCGUCUCCUACCGGAUCGGGUCUGUGGGCCAGGACACGCAGCUCUGUCUUUGGGACCUGACGGACGACGUUCUGCGCCGGCCGUACGGCAAGAGCCGCGCCAGCGUGGCGCUGGCGCGCCGCGACCUGCACCGGCUGAUCGGCACGCCCGGCUGCCCCCGGCUGACCGACUGUCCGAUCCUGGAGCCGCACGUCAGCUGCCGCGUCUCGCACGAGCGGCUCAGCUCCAUCACCUUCCGCGAGCACUGCCUGGUGACGGGCUGCAGCGACGGCUACGUCAGCACCUGGGCCCGGCCCGGGGCGACCACGGCGGUCGGUUGUCAGGUCACCAGUCCGGGCGAUGCGUGGUGGCGAAGUCGGAACACGCGGCGGAACGGCGAGGCCACGGACGAGACGGCGUGA